AUGAACAAAAUGGGCGACUCUGCAGAAAAUGACACGACAUAUGAUUGCAUUGUUAUCGGCGCGGGAUAUUCCGGGCUAGCCGCCGCACGACUUCUCAAAGAAUCGGACAAAAAGGUACUUGUCCUCGAAGCACGCGACCGCGUUGGCGGACGAGCGAAGACUAUUCGUCUUGAGAAAGAAGGGGAUUACUGGGAUGUUGGAGCCUCUUUUCUCGGCGACCAGCAAGACCUAAUGUAUGGUUUCGCAAAGGAGUUCGAUGUGACCCUUUUCUCACCCCCGGCGGAUGGCAAGAUCGUCCUGGCAUAUCGAGGCAAGGCUCACAGAUACAGCGGUCUCAUCCCCCCGCUGCGACCAUGGGAAGUCCUCGACAUGGGCCUUUUUGUCCGGAAUUUUGAGAAACUUUGCGACACAGUCAACCUUGAGGAGCCAUGGAAGACCCCGAACGCGGACGAGCUUGACAGGAUAACGGUGCAUGAAUGGCUGAAGAAGCAGGCUUGGACACAGGCCACAAUCGACAUGGGGAGCCUAGCAUUUGAGGGGGUUAUUGGGCAAAACACGUCCUGCAUAUCGAUGCUCCACGCCAUGUUCUUUUGGAAGGGGGCAGUUAGCUUCAGUUCGGCACUCAGUUCGGACGGCGGGGCGCAGCAACACCUUGUCAAAGGAGGCGGACAGCUUAUCGCCGAGAAGUUGAGAAGCUAUAUUGGGCAUGAUUUGAUUCGGCUUGGGGAGCCUGUCCGAGCCGUAUCUUACACAGAAAGCGUGGCGACCAUUCAAACCUCGAAGGCGACGUACCGGGCACGAAGAAUCAUCUCGGCUGUACCGCCUCCGCUCGUUCUCAAGAUUGAUUUCGAGCCAAGGCUACCGGUUGAAAAAAUCACUUUACUUCAAAAUAUGCCGAUGGGGGCAUACCUAAAGGUUUUCGCGACCUACAAGACGCCGUUUUGGAGGGAAAAGGGCUUGACGGGAGAGAGCACUAACCCAACGGGUUUCCUAAACGUUACAUUUGAUGCCACUCCGGAUCCGGGAUGCACCCCUAAGCUCAUGGGUUUUAUCACUGGCACCAAAGCAAGAGAGUUUACCAGCUUAAGCAAUGACCAACGCCGACAUGUCGCCCUUGCAGGCUUUGCUUCCGUCUUUGGACAAGAAGCUCUGGACCCUGAAGAGUUCUUCUACCACUCGAUGGCGGAAGAGGAAUGGGCUUCUGGUUGUCCAUUUGCGACGCCAGCCCCAAGAAUGUGGACCUCGUUGGGGGAGUGGAUGAGGAAGCCUAUUGGAGCCAUUCACUGGGCGGGCACGGAAACUUCCACUAAGCACUUUGGGUACAUGGAAGGAGCAGUGUUCGCAGGACAGAGAGCUGCACGGGAGGUGUUGGAGGAGUUGAAGUGGAAGAUAUAA